AUGAGGCUUAAGUUAUACAACUGGAGCAGUUGUUAUUAUACGGACGUCUUCUAUGCAGGGAACCUAGACCUGGGUUGUGCAAACCUAGUACAGCAUUACAUCGACACUGGGGAUCACCGCCCGAUCAAGCUGCCGCCUCGGAGGAUAGCACCAGCUCGUCGCCAGGAAAUGGAGAAGGCGGUAGGGGACCUUAUUCACCAAGGUCUGGUCAAAAAAUCCAUCAGUUCGUGGGCGUCAGGAGUCGUCCUUGUGAGGAAGAAGGAUGGCUCAAUGAGGUGCUGUGUAGACUACCGCACCCUCAAUGACGUGACGGUGAAGGACUCCUACACCUUGCCAAGAAUCGAUGACACACUUGAUGCGCUAACAGGCGCCAAGUGGUUCUCAACACUCGACAUAAAGUCUGGGUAUUAUCAGGUGAAGAUGGUUGAGGAAGACAAGAAAAAGACCGCAUUUUCAUAUGGACAAGGGCUAUGGCAGUUCAAAGCUAUGCCAUUCCGCCUGUGCGAUGCACCAGCUACCGUCGAACACUUCAUGGAAAGGGUUCUGGAAGGUUAGUACUGGAAGACUGGCCUCAUAUAUCUGGACGACGUGAUUGUCUUUGGCAAAACUUUCGAGCAAGAACUGGGGAGGCUAUUGGAAGUGUUUGACCGGUUCCCGGCUGAACACCUUAAACUGAGCCCAAGGAAGUUCAAUAUCUGGAACUUCGCCACGGUCACAGCACCGUUGCACAAGCUGACUAAUAAGUGGCAGAAGUUUGAGUGGACUACUGAGAGUCAAGGCUCCUUCGACCAGCUAAAGGAUGCCUUGGCCAGCUCCCCGGUGCUCCCGUAUCCGGACCCAGCUCAACCUUUCAUCUUGGACUGUGAUGCAAGUGAACAAUGGGAUGCUCUUCGACUGAAGGAUGGCCUCAACAGGUACUGGCAGACAGUACUUCCUCGGAAGAUGAGGUCGAAAAUCCUGAGAGAUAUGCACAACAAUCCAACCAGUGGGCAUCAAAGAGUGAAGAAGAUCUUGAGUCGCCUGCGGCAAAGGUUUUACUGGGUUGUCAUGCUUAAGGAUGUGGAGGAAUGGUACCGUUCAUGCAAUGUCUGCUGCGCCAAGAAGGUACCAAAGCUACGCACGCAUGACCCUCUGCAGUUGUACCAUGCAGGUGCACCAAUGGAGAGGGUCACAGUGAAUAUUGCAGGACCUCUGCACUUACUGCAGAUGGGAUUAGGUACAUCUGUGUUGCCAUGGAUUACUUCACUAAGUGGCCAGAAGUUUAUGCAAUCACAAAUCAGGAAGCCUCUACUGUUGCCAGGGUGCUGGUGGACCAGUUCUUCUGCCGGUUUGGUGUGCCCCAUGAGUUGCAGUCGGACCAGGGCAGAAAUUUUGAGUCAGCAGUGUUUAGCGAGUAGCGAGUGCUGUAAACUGCUGGGCAUAAGGAAGUCUAGGACCACUCCACUUCGGCCACAGUCGGACGGAAUGGUAGAAAAGUUUAAUUGGACCAUGGGACAAGAACUGGCCAAGUACUGUGUUGAGGGGCAGACAGAAUGGGACCAGAAGCUGCCUGCUCUGCUGAUGGCAUAUCGGUUGGCUGCUCACGAGUCAACUGGAUACACACCGGCAAAACUGAUGCUGGGUCACGAACUGUGGCUGCCAGUGGACCUGCUGACAGGAAGACAACCUGAUGAAGAACUCCCUGAAGAAAAAAAGUUAUUUUAA